AUGCCUUCAGACAACGGUGCUUCGACCGUGAGAAUCGUGGCUUCCAUAGUUGGAGUUAUUGUCGCAGCAGUCGCUGUCAUCGUAUCCAUCAAAGCUGCCAUCGCAUCAUCCCGGAAAAAAGCAAAAGCUACCGCUGCAUCGAAAAACGGCGUUGCUGCCAAGGCCAAGGGCAAAGAGGCGUCCAAAGCAGAUAUAAAGAAAUGGUACAAAGAAGCCCUCAAUAAGAUUGUCACUGCUCGUCUCGAGAAAGAAUCAAGCGUCGAGUCUGGCGAGCCGGUUUUCUUGUCGCAUUAUAUCAGCCAGGGUCAAUUCCGUCACUGGGUGUUGCACGCUCAUGACUACAAGUACGAAUUACGCCAGACAGAAGUCGGCGAUUCAAACACACCUGGAGUCUAUGAGGCGACGAUUGGACCAUCUGAAUUUAACCUCAAGGCGUAUAAAGAGUCGGUCAUUACGAGAUACUCCCCCGAAGUUGGCCAUUACUUUUACAGCAUGAUAGGUUGGACGACCCUCUCCAAAGAACGAAUUGACGAGGAGUGUCAUCGGAUCUCGACGACAUUUGGGAAAUAUUCUCUCUUGUCGAAUAACUGCCACGACUUCCUUCAGCAACUGGCCGAUAAAGUCGUGACCAAGAAAGCACCAGAUUGGGCUUGGUUUCGGCAGAGCUCUUUGGGCGGUUACAGUUAUCUUGAGCGCCCAGCACUGGGUUAUCAGGUCAUAGGUGUUGCGACGUGGACUAGACAUUUGAAGCGGAUGAAACAUUAUCUCAGCCCAGCUGAACAACAGAGUAUUGAUGAUUUCAUCCUACUUCUUGAGGAAUUUGUUGAAGCCCACUUGACUAAGACAUCAGCGAUGGUAGCAACACAGUCUGCAAUGCAUGGGCAGACUGACAAUAGCGGAGGGGAUUAUCCUGACGGCAGUGGAGGUCACGAACAUCAUGAUAGUAGUGGAGGCCAUGGGCAUCAUGACAGCGGACACCACGGACAUCAUGACACCAGCGGAGGCCAUGGACAUUUUCACUUCGGAGGUCACGGACAUGGAGGCCACGGACACCAUGAUGGUGGAGGCGGCGGACACGGAGGCGGACACGCCUGUUAG